UGUCCCUGGGUGCUGAACGCAGCCGGGGCUGAAAGUAGAUGUGAACUUUGUUGUGUCUUUGUUAUCGCAGCAGCUACGGUCCUGUUGUUUUUUGGUUUUGGUGUUUAAGAAGGCCAUGAUAGAGAAAACUAGUGAAAUUUGUCUCAGUUCUGUUGUUUCCUUGGCUCUCUGCGUGGUCCCGCAGCUGUUUGGUUAAAGAUAUUGCCAUAGCUUGACUCGCUGACUGUAUAUUGAAGUCCUUGAUGUUUUCUCUGGGUAACUCUUUGCUUACUCAUGUUUAAGGGUAUUAAAACACAUCACUGCUCCUUGUGUUGCCCUGGAGAGCGGGAGGAAUUCACUGUUACUCUGUGAAUAGUAAGCUGCAGUUCAGAUGGCCUCGGCCAGGUCACUUUGUGUCUUUGUGCCUGAGGUUCGGUUCAGCCACUGCUGCCUCCUUGCUCCCCAGCUUGUGACCAGGUAUUUGGUGUGGGCCGGAGGAGAGGUGGCCGAGCACGAGCCCAAGCACUGUCAGGGAAAUGGUCAUAGGUGGGUUUUUUUCAGAAGAAACCUUUCUCCUGGUGUUAAAACUAAGACAUUCUGGGAGUACUUCUCAGGGAGGUAUUAAUUUGGGGCCAAAAUAAACUCUCAGGUUCUUAUUUAACUAGUCCUCCUUCCUGGGGUCAAUUUCCUGAAGGCUGGCAGAAGAGAAGGGCUUUUUCUGCCUGCUCUGUGCUAUAUUUAAUAGCUGACGGAGUGGAGGGUAGGGAUUUAAUUACAGCGAUGUUGUGAUGUGGCUGCUGCCAUUAGACGCUGUGAGGCACUGUUGCCCAUGUGGUUUGUGGAAGCCCUAACACCCACUGUAGGUGUAGAAUGUUGAAGCCGGGCUGUGGGGCUCAGGGGCUCGGCUCAUCACCGUGUCACUUUGAGGAGGGCACCGCGCCGGCAGAGCAGAGCUGUAAUUGGAAAGCGCCCGCUGUCCCUGCCCUGGGAGAGCUGCUUUGUGUCCUGAUGAAAACCCCAUGGCGGCAAUGAGCACAGAGCUUUGUAGUUUACCAUGGAGUGCGUUGACAACAGCGAGUACAUGAGGAAUGGAGACUUCUUACCCACUCGCCUGCAAGCCCAACAAGAUGCUGUCAACAUUGUGUGCCACUCGAAAACCCGCAGUAACCCUGAGAACAACGUGGGGCUCAUCACCUUAGCCAAUAACUGUGAAGUGUUGACCACGCUCACUCCAGACACGGGCCGGAUCCUUUCAAAGCUGCACACGGUGCAACCCAAAGGGAAAAUUACCUUUUGCACAGGGAUCAGAGUUGCUCAUCUGGCUUUAAAACAUCGCCAAGGCAAGAACCACAAGAUGCGAAUCAUCGCCUUCGUUGGGAGCCCUGUAGAAGAUAACGAGAAAGAUCUGGUGAAACUGGCAAAGCGCCUUAAGAAGGAGAAAGUCAACGUUGAUAUCAUCAAUUUUGGAGAAGAGGAAGCCAACACGGACAAGCUGACUGCCUUCAUUAACACCUUAAACGGCAAGGAUGGCACCGGCUCCCACCUGGUGACAGUGCCGCCUGGGCCGAGCCUGGCCGAUGCCCUCAUCAGCUCCCCCAUCCUGGCUGGGGAGGGAGGUGCCAUGCUGGGCCUUGGCGCCAGCGACUUCGAGUUUGGCGUGGACCCCAGCGCGGACCCGGAGCUGGCUCUGGCUCUGCGUGUCUCCAUGGAGGAGCAGAGGCAGCGGCAAGAGGAAGAGGCCAGGAGGGCUGCGGCUGCCUCUGCGGCCGAGGCUGGGAUUGCGGCCACUGGCGGGGAUGAUUCAGAUGAUGCUCUGCUGAAGAUGACGAUAACUCAGCAGGAGUUUGGCCGGGCCGGGCUGCCUGACCUCAGCAGCAUGACGGAGGAGGAGCAGAUCGCCUACGCCAUGCAGAUGUCACUGCAGGGAGCGGAGUUUGCCCAGGCGGAGGCAGCAGAAGUGGACAGCAGCACAGCCAUGGAUACCUCCGAACCUGUUAAGGAGGAAGACGAUUACGACGUGAUGCAGGACCCCGAGUUUUUGCAGAGCGUGUUGGAGAACCUGCCAGGCGUGGACCCCAACAACGAGGCCAUCCGCAACGCCAUGGGCUCCCUGGCCUCGCAGGCCUCCAAGGAGAGCAAGGACAAAAAGGAGGAGGAGAAGAAAUGAGGGGCGCCAGGGCGGAGUUCGCUGCCACUGGCCCUGGGGGUGAGUUGGCCGCCUGCCCGCGGGGCCAGGGCUGGUGCCGGUUCAGAGCAGCGCCUGGUGGGGCAGGGGGCGGGUGGGUUCAGCUGGAAAGGGGCAAUAAAGGCUUUCCACGGG